UGUAUACUAGUAUUAUUUUCGGAACAUAUAAACCAGGAUACUAAAUAUUGAGAUUAAGGAGAAACCGACCUCAAAGCGUUAAUACAAUGGAAGGUGAAGAACUUACUUUUGUUGGAUGUAUUUUGACAAUUGUUGCUACAGUUUUUGAUUUAAUUGGUUUUGCUGUUCCAUACUGGUAUAAGUAUAGAGUAUCUGGUUUAAUUGAAUAUCAUGGAGGACUUUGGAGUUCAUGUAUAAAAUCUUCGAUUACAACAGCGUGUUCUUCAUUAUUAGACAAUAAUUUGGAAUCUUGGUUUGAAGUCGUUCAAGCCAUGGAAACACUUGGGUUUUUGUGUCUUAUUGCUGCAAGCUCUGUUGUCAUACUAAAAUUAUUCGUCUUAAAAGACAAAUUAUUUCUCAAAUGGGUUGCAGUUGGAUGUCUAGCAGCAGCAGCAACGUUGAUCCUGAUUGGGGUUUGUAUUUAUGGAGGAAAAAGCCUAAGUAUUGAAAAAGAAAAUCUUCAUUUUGGUUUUGCCUUGGUCAUCAUUGCAGCUACUGUUGCCAUUGUUGCGUCUGUUUUGUUUUGUUUUGAUAAACAUGUGGAGCUUUUAAUUAAUAAGUAUCUAUAUUCUGACAGAUUUCAGCUUAAAAUAUUACGAGAUUUUACAAUGGAAAUUGCUGGAAUAAACCUUCCUACAUUUGUUGGAUUUGUUCUAACAAUUAUCGCCGCAUUUUUCGAUUUAAUUGGUUUUGCUACUCCAUACUGGGCAUCAGGUAGUAUAUAUGCUGGUGCUGCCAGGGGAACUAUUGACCUUAAUGAAGGACUUUGGAGAUACUGCAACACAGAAAGCGGUACCACAUCAUGUGUAUCAACAGGAGACCAAAAUUACGGUUCCUGGUUCGAAGCCGUUCAAGCCAUGGAAACACUUGGUUUUCUAUGUCUAAUAGCUGCUGUUAUUGUUGUCAUACUCAAAUUGUUCGUCUUAAAAGAUAAACCGGUCCUCAAACUGGUUGGUAUUGCAUGUUUAGCAGCAGCAGCGGCAUUUAUCCUGCUUGGGGUGAUUGUUUAUGGAGCAAAGGGAACAAGUCUACAAACGGAAAAUCUACAUUUUUCGUUUGCUUUUGUCAUUAUUGCUGCUAUCAUCGCCAUUGUAGCAUCCGUUUUGUUUGGCAUCGACAAGUGAUUCUAUUACGUUUAGAAAGAUAUGUUUCAAACAAAAUUACAUACCGAAUUAGGUGGUGAUUUGACAGUGACAAAGACCUCGUUAAAAUAACAAACUUGUUUGCUAUAGUAUUGCAUGUAUGUAGUAAAUUAUUUAUUUUCUUGAAAUAGCAUAUUUAUAAUUGUA